AUGAAGAACACAUACGCCCUCAUGGCCCUGGCCGCCAGCCUUGGCGAGGUCUCUGCCACUUGGAAGCACGCCAAGCCCUUCUCCUGCCCCGACAACACCAACAACGACUGCUUCUCCGACAAGCAGAAGGGUGGUUUCGACUGGCAGGACACCAUCCCUGGCAAGAUCAGCAACUACAACAACUUCGACUUCAAGGGCUGGACCUGUGAAUCGAAGCCUGGCCGUACCAACGACCGCUCCAUCAAGGGAAAGUGCGGCUCCGACAAGUUCGACGCCCCCAACUUCGGCUCUGGUGACAAGUUCUCCAUCGGCUACUUCGACGUCUCUGUCGAGUUUGACUGCGAUCUCGAGUUCCACUACGACAUGCCUGAUGGCGGUCUCUGCAAGCACCGUGCCCCUUGCUCCAAGCAGGGCACCACCGUCAAGAACUCCCAGUGCGGUGGAGCCAAGAACGUCACCGUCGUCUACCCUCCCCAGCCCAACAAGCCCAAGACCAAGUGUGGCGUUGAUAUCUGGAAGAUUGGCUUCGACUGCGACAAGCCCAAGCCUCCCACGCCUCCCAAGUACACCAACCCUCCCAAGACGACCCUGAGCACCAUUUCCGUCCCCUCGACCACCCCCGUCGUCAGCAUUCCCGUCUCGUCUGCCCCCGUCGUCUCGGUUCCCGUUUCGGUCCCCGUUCCCUCGGUUCCCGGCUACUCUGUCCCCGUUGAGUCCGCUCCCGCCUCUUCGGCUCCCGUCGUUUCGGUCCCCGCCUCGUCGGCUCCUGUCGUCUCGAUCCCUGCCUCGUCGGCUCCCGUCGUCUCUGUUCCCGUUCCCUCGGUCCCUGCUUCUUCGAUCCCCGUCGUCUCGAUCCCCGCCUCGUCGGCCCCUGUCGAGUCUGCCCCUGGCUACUCUGUCCCCGUCGAGUCGGCUCCCGCCUCGUCCGCGCCCGUUGUUUCGGUCCCCAUUCCCUCGGCUCCUGCGUCGUCGGCCCCUGUUGUCUCGGUCCCCGCCUCGGUCCCUGUUGAGUCGGCUCCCGUCUCUUCCGCCCCUGUCGAGUCCGCUCCUGGCUACUCUGUCCCCGCUGAGAGCGUUCCUGCUGUGACCACCUCCGCCGCCAUCCCCGAGCAGUCCGUCCCUGUCGUCCCCGAGGAGCCCAUCACUCAGGUGACCAGCUACCAGACCGUCUCUACCAUCUUCACCACCGAGAUCAAGACUGUCACCGACUGCGGCCCCGAGAAGCCUGAGUGCGGCGGUGCUGAGACCCCCGUUGUCGUCACCGUCACCAUUCCCCAGACCACCACUGUCUGCGACGUGACGGAGACCAUCAUCACCACCCCCACCCCCACUGCCGUCAAGCCUGAGCAGCCCGAGUACCCCGAGCAGCCCGAGGUCACCGUCUCUUCCGCCGUCGCUGUGCCUUCCAGCACCGCCCCUGAGACCCCCAUCGAGACCCUCCCCUGCCCUGACGUCGUCCCCAAGUGCCUGAACACCUGGAUCUUCUCUGUCGGCUGCCAGGACAACACCGACACCGCCUGCUACUGUCCCGACGUUGCCUUCGUUGAGAACAUCUUCUCCUGCAUCUACGCCCACGGUGGAUCUGACGACAUCAUCUCUGAGGCCACCAAGUUCUUCCAGGGUGUCUGCGCCGGUCACGUCAAGGAGAACCCCGCCAUCGUCACCGAUGCUGAGCGUAUCAACACCGUCAUCACCGUUGUCCCCACCGCCACCUCCGGUGCUCACUACACCACCAUCACUCUCGACGCCACGACUGUCGUCCCCUGCGUCACCGACGGCACCACCAUUGAGGGCUCCUCCACUACCACCGUCAUCAAGUCCACCAUCGAGGUCCCCAAGGUCGACUUCACCACCCCCGCCGGUGCCACUGACGUCGUUCCCGUCGCCCCCACCGCCAUCCCCAUCGUUGAGACCCCCGGUGCUCCCGCGGAGCCCACUCUCAUUGUUGCUCCCUCUGCCCCCGCCGGCACUGGCGGUGUCAUCCCCACCCCCGCCCCCUCUGGCCAGGUCCCUGUUGAGGCCGGCGCCGGCAAGGUCUCCGCUGGCGUUGGAGCUGUCAUGGCCAUCAUGGCCCUCAUGGUCGCUAUGUAA